ACACACACACACACACACACACACACACCCCUCCUUGCCAUGCACCAGUCCGUUUGUCUUCCUCUACUCAUACAAUGCUCUCUUCUUCUCCGGUCACCAGCCUAGUCUUCGGGAUAAAAAGGUCAAUUUAACAUUCAAAUUAGUAAAAACUUCCAUCACUUAAAACUUUGAGUGACAUUUUUAUGAGUAAACGUCAAUGCCGUACUUUUUUCUGCAAUUCGGCACUGACGAUCUUAUUUUCCAUGCACAGAAGUACCGUAUCUUUCCGGGUGAUUUGUGAACGUUGAUGCAGUUUUCUGGCGGAGGGGAGCGGCGCCAAAUGUGCAUGUGAAAAGGUGAGGAUGCUAUCUGAAUUCACACAGGAGGAAGGCAAUAUACGACGGUAUCCUGUUACUUGUGAAAGCACAUGGGGUUUGAAAUAUCUAUGAAUUCUGGUCGGGGAAACGAGGAGGCUAGGAAGGAUAAAACAAAAACAGGGAAGUAAAAGGAGGUGUAUGUUGUCCCUGCCACUACCAUGAGUUGGAGUUUCCUGACUCGCCUGCUGGAAGAAAUCCACAACCAUUCAACAUUUGUGGGCAAGAUCUGGCUCACUGUCCUCAUUGUUUUCCGCAUUGUGCUGACAGCCGUAGGAGGGGAGUCCAUCUACUACGAUGAGCAGAGCAAGUUUGUCUGCAACUCAGGCCAGCCGGGCUGUGAGAACGUCUGCUACGAUGCCUUCGCUCCACUCUCACACGUCCGCUUCUGGGUUUUCCAAAUCAUCCUGGUGGCCACGCCUUCACUCAUGUACCUGGGCUACGCUGUCAACAAAAUUGCUCGGGCAGAGGAGCAGGCAGACAGCGGUGGAGUGAGGGGAUUUUCGCAGAGGAAACCCAAGAAGCCCUAUCUUGCAGGCCGAAAGCAGCAUAGGGGCAUUGAAGAGGCCGAGGAUGACCAAGAGGAAGACCCGAUGAUCUAUGAAAUGGCAGAGGCGGAGAGUGAUGGUGGUGGAGCAGCGAAAGGAAACAGUGGUGAGGGACAAGCAAAGGUCAAGGUGCGCCAUGAUGGGCGUCAACGUAUCAAAGAGGAUGGACUGAUGCGUAUUUAUGUCCUGCAGCUCUUGACCCGCUCCUUGCUGGAGGUGGCUUUCUUGUGUGGACAGUAUGCCCUGUAUGGAUUUGCUGUACCUCCGACCUACGUGUGCUCCGACCUGCCCUGCCCUCACAGUGUGGACUGCUUUGUAUCACGGCCCACUGAGAAAACUAUCUUCCUUCUCAUCAUGUACACAGUCUCCCUGCUCUGUCUGGUACUCAAUAUAUGGGAGAUGCUUCACCUGGGCAUAGGUACCAUCUGUGAGAUUGUACGCUCCCGCCGGGUGCAGCUCCCUGACAAUGAGCUGUACGGGCUGACACUGGCACAAGGAUCUCUUAAUGAGGCGGGAUUGAGUGGAGAGGAUUGCAGCAGCUACCCUUUUUCUUGGAACGCACCAUCAGCUCCACCUGGGUACAACGUUGCCAUCAAGCCUCUUCUGGUAUCGACAGGGCACCACAACCAGCCACUACCCAUCACUGAUCUCACUAAUGCAAAGAUGGCAUGCCGGCAGAACAGCGUGAACAUUGCCAAAGAAGAGCGUCAGCAGUACACCAAUAAUGAUGAAAACCCCUGCAGAGCAGGGAUGGGAGAUGCCCUCAGAGGUGGUCAUAAGGACAUUCGUCAUCCUCAGAACAAGCUGGAGGCUGACAAUCCGGCCUACAGACAGCCACAGAGCCACUGUAAUAACCACAGCAAGUCUCACCGUGAACGUAAACACUGGCAGGCCUCCAAACACACCUCAAGCAAGGCAGACACGGACAGAGGCAGCAGCACCAGUAGUAGCAGCAAAUAUGGAGUCAUAAAUGGUUCAGAGUGGAUCUGAACUACAGACUGUGACUUAUGUUUUUGUUAUUUUUAAACAAUGCAAAGCCUUCUCAGACCAACACAGUAUUUAUGUUUGUGGGUCCACACUGUUUAUAAAAAAUGGGCACGGCACCCAGUUUACAUUCUUUUCAAUAGUAUUCAUACCAUUAAAAUUAGUAAGGUGAAAUUAUUAGUGUCAGGAUCUAUCUUGUACCAGUCCACUGAUAGCGAAAUAUAUAAACCUAAACAGCCCUAGGGAUAAUAAAUAGUAUAUAUAUAUAUACUUUGCCAGUAAUAGCAGAGUCAGUAUAGUGUAUUAGUAUUCAGGUUUAAGUAGCCUUAAAACUCUACAGUACAAGAUAGAUUCUGCUACUAAUAUGUAAAUGGAACAGAAAUGGAAUAUUGUAAGAAAACCAUUGAAGAUGAUGUAACCCUUUAAGUCUGAAUACAUGUGUGUUGCUACUCUGUAGAAAAUGUCUAUAUUUUGUUAAUUAGCUUUUGCAGAAAGAUGUUGGUGCUGUCUUUGAAUCCCUGUGAAUAUGCAGAGGCCUCCAUGCUGUAAUCUCAGGUGCCUUAAUUAGCCAGUCAAAUGUCCUCAUCACUAUGGACUGAAAACAGAAGCUAAGUCUUACUGUCUACGUGAGUAGUUUCAAAUCCCAUCCAGGGGUUAAGCUUUGCACGAUGUUGUUUCUGAGUAUGCAAAAUUGUCUUAUUUUCACAAAACCAGGUUUAGAUCAGCCAUUAAAAAUGAGAGAGUAUGUUUUCAGUUGGUAAUUUAACGGCUUCUGUGUAUUUUUGGGACAGAGAAAAGAAGUUCAUUAAUGUGUUGACAGAUUUUGAAAUGAAUUGGUUAGUGGAAGUGUUUGACCUAACCCUGUUGUUAAAACUGUUGUCAGUGUCUUAUUGUCAAGCGGUUACAUUUUUUGACAUAUCUUUUGUUUGUUUGAAGUUUAUGCUAUGAAGGUUUUCUCCACCAUUAGUCCAUUAGUUUGUGUAAUGUAUGUGA